UUUUGUUUGUUGUCGGACAACGAAUGAUUUUUUGGGGGGCUGAUUUCAGCUGAACAAAGACAAAGAACCAACUGACAGUUUGUAUAUAUAUAUAUUUCCGACAGAGACAACACAUGUUAACAACAAUUCAAGUCAUUCACUCGAAAUCGGCACCUCUCUUAUCCCGACACCCAGUUCUGUUGUUGUUUUAUAGACACAAGGACGAUAUAGAUCUUUCACCCCUGGAGGAAGUUAUGUACACUAGCUGAUGUCUUCUCGUUCACUGGGUUGCAGUUAGGCAGUUAUGGCUACCAAGGUGACCGGGUCGUCGUCAUCCACCCAGACGUCUGUGCCACCGUUUUACAUUUGGGUGAGGGCCGAACCUUUCAACUACGGCACCUUGUCCAUCCCUCCACCCACGCGCCUCUCAACGAAUUGUAUUAAGAAGAGUUUAGCCUAUGCCAAGAACAAAGGAGAGCUGGGCUUCCCCAGAAUCAGUUCAGAGGGACUCAAGAAACAGCUGAAUAUCGACACCUACAAAUUUGUCUUGUUCCUCUAUAUACAACAGUUUACGAAAGUCUCGCUCAAGGCUUCACUGGUUGCUGGCGAUGGAUGGCCGAUGUGUUCCAACCAUCACGAUUCUGACAGUAAACUCAACAGGCGUUUGAAGUUCUUCUUUUCCAGGACUUUUAUUGAUCUCAAAGACCUUUUCUUACUUCCAGGAAUCAAAUCCAAAGUUUGCUAUUCAAAGAGCAGUCAAACUGUGCCUCUCCAGUCGCUGUACCAUUGGCUGAAAGAAAAUCUGAUCCCUAAUCCUUUUGGCCCCUCGGCUUGUGUUUCUUCCGGAAGACGUCUUUCUUGGAGAAUGCUCGGAGAGGAGUCUCGAAAUGAAAACAGUUUCAAACGAGGCCGGAUUGCUACAAAUGCCCACAUUGUUCCCAGGGAUGCCAUUAAAGGGUCAGUUUCCAUUCUUUCUCAAAUUGCCUAUUCCUCUUUGGUAAGAAGUUCUGCAACCUUAGAAUUCAGCAACGUUAAAAUCCAUCGAUGCCAUGGUUCCAAUUUGUACCUGUUGACUCCGCUCAGGUCUGUGACUAUCCAGAAAUGUCGCCACACAAGGAUCAUCCUCGGUCCAGUUGAAACCACUGUCCAUGUCGAACACUGUGAGUUUGUCACGAUCAUUGCACCCUGUUACCGAAUAGUUAUCAACAACAGCCAGCUGUGUACCCUCUAUCUUCUCACCCCUAACCAACCGGUAAUUUUAAAUGGCAAUGACUCCAUCAGAUUAUCACCUUUCCACACGUUCUAUCCCAAACUGGAAGAGCAUCUACUAAAAGUAGGUCUAGACGCCAACAAUAACCUGUGGGACCAACCAAUCUGUUUGGGUUCAGACCACAGAGAAGUGGCCCCAGUUUGGGAGCUGAUGAAACCUCAGGAUUUUUACACCUUCAAUAUCCCGUUUGAGAUGGAAGGAGCUACAAAGUAUAAAAUAGUGAUUCUUCCAAAACUACUUUGGCCAGUACAAAAGGAAGUCGAGUUUCCAAAAUAUGACAACAUUGGUUCCAAUACCCUAUUUAGCUCAAAAUCUUUGCGACCCCUUGACCUAAUCCAAAAUAAAUCCCAGUUCAAAAUCACUAAGACUGUGGAGUCGAUAUGCAAUGCCUUGGACUCCAACUCUUACUCUGACUCGGGUUAUGGUACCACUGACUCUGACUCAGGUUGUGGUGCCGUUGCCUAUCACUCAAGUUGUGGUACUGCUAACUAUGACUCAAGUUGUGGUACCACUGACUCUGACUCAAGUUAUGGUAUCACUGACUCUGAUUUGCAUUAUGGUACCUCUGACUCUGACUCAGGUUGUGGUACCGCUGCCUCUCACUCAAGUUGUGGUACUGGCGACUCUGAUAUUAGUUAUGGUAUCUCUGACUCAAGUUAUGGUACCACUGACUCUGACUCAAGUUGUGGUAGCAUUGACUCUGACUUGCGUUAUGAGCCUCCACCAAAAUUUCACAAACAUAACCGUAGUCUACGCAUUUCAAAAUAUAUUUUUGGAAAAUUACGUUAA